GUGGUUGAGUACGUCUGGAUAGGAGGGGACGGGCCCCUAGACCUCCGGUCGAGGGCGAAAGUGCUUCCUAAGACGGUUCAGGGCCUCGAGGAUAUUCCCGAUGCUGGCUUCGACGGCUUCCAGACAAACCAGGCUCCACCCGACUGCUCGGAGGUCAGAAUGAAACCCCGAGCUCUGUUUCAAGACCCAUUUAGGCCCACCGGUCUGAACCUGAUGGUUCUCUGCGACUGCUGGAGUCCUGACAAACGACCGUUGCCGUCCAACACGAGGAUCAUGGCGCAGCAACUGUUCGACGUGCAGCCUCAGGCCGAGCCUUGGUUCUCAGUAACGCAGGAGUACACCAUCUUCAAGGACGGAAAGCCCCUGGGCUGGCCAUCCGCGACCGCGAGAAGUUUUGGAGGCCCCACAACGCAGCUGGGCUAUCCCGGGCCGCAGGCGAUCGAUCCUGGUCCAUACUACUGUUCGGCUGGAGCCGAUGUCUCCUUCGGAAGGCAGAUAGCAGAGGCGCAUUUGAAAGCUUGUCUGUGCGCAGGUGUCAAGAUCAGCGGCGUUCAUGGCCAACCGAUGCCAGGACAGUGGGCGUUCAAGGUCGGGACUUGCCAAGGGAUUGAAAUGGGGGAUCAUCUCACCAUGGCAAGAUACCUUCUGAACAGAGUUGGCGAACACUUCGGAUGUGUAGUGUCAUUCGAUCCCAAGCCAAUUCCAGGGGACUGGAAUGGAGCCGGAUGUCACACAAGCUUCAGCACGAAAGUUCGUCGCAUCAUUGCGCUUGCCCAUCGUUCGUUCUUGACUGGGAAGGGCAUCAUCAACCUCGAGAGGAAGCAUCAAGAACAUAUCAUGGCCUACGGAGAAGGCAACGAGAGGAGAUUGACGGGGAUGCAUGAGACAGCGCACAUCGACACCUUCUCCUGGGGUGUUGGAAACUGCAUGGCUCACAUCCGAGUACCCAAGUCAACUGAGAUCGCAGGAUGUGGAUACCUCGAAGAUCGCAGGCCGGCGUCAAAUAUGGACCCUUAUGUGGUAACUUCUAUGUUGUUCAAAACUUGCUGUUUGGAUUAA